UUUAGGCACAAUUGCAUGCAGCGUCCUAUAUUGCCACAUUGCACCAAUGAAGAUGGAUUUGUUCAAGGCGGUCCGGGAUGGCGAUUCAUCAUCUGUUUUUAGAAUGCUGCUCAGGAAACAGUCAGCGGUGAACUUCACUGACAGAAAUGGUCUCUCGCCACUUUUCGUUGCUCUGGUGAAUUGCCGCAGCGACGUUGCACACUGCCUCCUCGACAACGGUGCAUACAUCGACCACGCCUUGCCGUCCGGUCUCACGCCGCUCCUGCUUUGCCACCUGCUGCUGUUCCCCGCCGACACCUUUCUCUAUCGUCCGCCAUCGCUGAGUCGUCUGCUGGCAGCCGCAGAUCGAAUCGCCGAGCUCUGCACGACUCGUGAGCGACGGAAAUCGGAGGUGGGCCGGCGACGCGACGUUGACGUGACGUCGUGGUUGCGCCGCGACUCGGAGAAAGCGUCGAGCGGGGGAGAGGAGCUGAAGGCGACGGUUUGCGACGACGGCGACGCGUCUAUCCGAGCGGCUGGCGGAGGGACGCGUCGUGAUGAGGCGGCGGGGGACGAGCGAGUGAGGCGUGGGGGCGCCACUGAUUACGUCGCGGCGGCGUCGAGCAUUGACACGCGGUCGUGGAGGAGUGUGUGCAGUCUACAGCUAUCACUGUCUGAGGAUAUUGUAAACAAGCUGGCAGAAUAUACUAGUCACAACUGCCUCGUCAGCUUGGAGCAAGGAGAUUUCACUUUAGACAAAGUUCAAUGGAAAGCAGCUCAUAUUUCUAGACAGAGGGCACUGGACAACAUGGUCGACCUUCUGCUGAGUAGUGGUGCGGCGUGCGAUCUGUCUGGUUCACCCUUACCCCCGCUGUUUGUACCACUGUGCUGCCUGAACGUAGCUGCAGUCAGGAGACUGCUGAGUGCUGGGGCAGAUGCCAACGCCAUCCUCGAUUCACCGACGGGAGUGCUCAGACCACUGCAGAUCGCUUGCGCACUCAGAACUUCCGUUGCCGUGGAGAUUGUGCGCAUGCUGCUAGACGCACUCGCCCAUCCAGACUGUCACAUGACCACCACUCGAAAUAUGGACGAAACAUUUCUCACCGUUGGUUUAGGCAGUAGCGAAGAAGCUGGUCAUUCAGACGGGCAGGAGGGAGGCUGGACCACCGACCACUAUGGUGACGGUCGACUGAAGGAAGGCUUGGAUCUUGCACUGGCUGCCUGCACACCUCUCCAGAUUGCGUGCGCCUGCGAUGGCAAUUGCGAGAAUUCCCAGAAGGUUGCGCAAGUGCUGCUUCAGUAUGGAGCCGAUCCAAAUGUUGUUAGCGCCACACAUGGUCACUCUGCUUUGUCGGUAGCUGUUGCCCAUGGCAACCAGCCUGCAGUUGUCACCCUUCUUAAGGCUGGUGCUGAUCCUAACCUUCAGCUUGGAUGUGGUUAGUUUUGCAUACCC